AUGGAAAGCCAUCUUUCCUCGUCGUCGCCUUCCUCUUCGGCACCUGCUAAACCAUCAAGGCAACCACAUGAUGGCAUCGACAGCACGCAAGGCCGUACACCCAAGAGGCCGCAGUUCAAAGAGCCUGAGGUCAUCAUGUUAUCCGACUCAGAUGAGGAGUCGCCCAGUGAUCAGAAAGGCAUUAGGAGCGCUCGAACUGCGCAACAAGGAUUGACUGGCAAUGUCGACUCCAAGGCCAUCGACACCAAGGCCAUCGACACCCCGCCUCCUACACCACACGCUGACGAAAUCAUCGACAACAAAGUCAUCCCUGAACCCCUCGUCAAAGCGACCGGAGAUGCUACGGCAAAAUUUACAACCAGGAACCUCAAGGCCAACCCCCCGGUCAAGAAUGUCGACACCUCGGCCACUACCGGCACGAUCAACACCAGAUCCAUCAAUACAUACGACGUCAAGUACCUUGGAAGAAUUUGCGUCUCAUUCGACCUCAAAUCGACCAAGAAUUCCACCAACAGCAAAUCGGCGGCCCGCAUAUGCACCACAACCGAGUAA